AUGUACACUUCACGACGUACUGGUCCAAGCACCGAUUUACACAACGCUCAUACUGUUUCGACUUUAAUGAGAACAAUGACAACAUCUGCAUUAUCAUCAAAUUAUUCUCAUCGUCCUCUAUCGCGAUCGAAAACAAGUCUAAAUGGAACACUUCCAUUUCGUUCCUCAAGUAUUCAUCAGGUUGGAAAUCGUGAUCAUGAGACUGAGCGACCUCAUCGUCCGUUUGAUGUGAGUUGUUCCGCUGAUGUAUUUACACUUGAAACUACAUUGAAAAGCAAGGAGAAGGUCAUUUCUCAUCAAAAUUCACAAAUUGAACGUUUACAAGAACGAAAUGCUACAUUAGAACGUAGUCUUCAAGAAUUGAUAGAUCUUAAACGUGAUUUAUCAAAUCAACAGUUUGAAGAGCGUCUGAAAAAUGACGACCUUCUUCGAGAUCUGAAAGAUAUCGAUCGUCUUGCACGAAAAGUUCAAGCAGAUAAACAAUUUACAGUUGAAGCAGCUGAUCGAGAACUAGCUGAAGCUAAAUUAGAAAUAGAACUUACCCUUCGUGAAACUCAAGCAUUGGAAAAUAAAGUUACCCAUUUAACAGCCGAUAAGAAAAGUUUAAUUGAGGAACUUGAAAUAUCUAAAAAUCAAUAUGCUGAAUGUCACAAUGAGCUUCUUCGUUUACAAGAAGUUGUUGAUCGGGUUCAAGCAGACAAAACAAAAUUUAGUAGACGCAUUUCUAAACUUGUUCACAAUGAAAAAGAGCUAUUACAAGAAUUACAAAAAUGUCGUCGUACAGCAAAAACUUCAACAUCAGCAUCAACUGGUUCAUUAGCAAAGAAAUUUUCCAUUCCAGCUCGACUUGAUAUGCAUUUAAAAAAUGUUGAAGAUGAACGUGAUAUGUAUAAAAAUGAAGUAGAAAUUCUACAACGACUACUUAAUGAACGUCCCCGUGGUUUUUCAUCGGUAUCACCUUCACGUUUAAGAGGUCGAUCAGUGUCACCCAUAAAUCUUUCACGUUCAACAACUAGACGUGACAUGGCUACAUCACCAGUUAUGCAAUAUGUAAAAAGGUCAGCAAGUAGCUGCGCGACAUCCCCGACACGUUGUACUGUCUGUGGAUUAAACCGAAAUCGAUUGUCACCAGCAAAAGAUUUUAAUUCUUAUGAAACUCAAUUAAGAAACCUUGAAGAAGAACGAGACCGUGCUCGUCGAGAACUUCGUAAAUAUAAACGAGUAACUAAAGAAAAGGAUGUUGAUGAAAAUCAAAUAUCGAAAUUUAUGCGAGAAAAUGAAGACUUACAAUUAUUAAUAAAAAAAUAUGAACGACGUCUAGCAGAAUAUCAAGGUACCAUAAAAGUACUUGGUAAUGAACGAGACAAUUUAAGUAUUCUUUACGAACAAACUAAAGAAGAAUUACAAAAAGCUCGUCACGAUCUUUUACAAAAUGCUCAAACACCUAAAGUUUCCCUUGCAGCUCAAUCAAUAUUACGUAAAGUUGAAAAUGAACGUGAUGCUGCAAUUCUCGAAGCAAGAACUGCAACAAAUGAACGAGAUUCUCUGCGUGAACGUUUACGUAUUUCAACUGACACUGGAUUAAACGAUCGAGCAAGAUAUGAACAACGUAUUGAAGAUCUUGAAGUUGAUCUACGAAAGCUUGAUAAUGAUCGUGAAGAAAUGGUUCAACAAAAUCAUUCGCUACGACAACAAAUUCAAGAUUUAGAAAAUAAGGUUCAUGAACAAUCCUUUACAAUUUCUCAAUUAAAUCAAGAAAUAAAUGAUCAAAAAACUGCGUUAACACAAAUGAGAUAUUUAUCGGAAGAAGCUGAACGUCUUGUACAAGAAAAUCAAAGACAAUUGAAUUCUAAAAAAGAUGAAAUUCGUGCUCAAGAAGAAAAAAUUAUUCGACUUGAAAAGAAAAUUUAUGAACUUCAAGAAGCGAAUAAAGCUGUCAGAGAUGAUUAUCAAGUUGUACGUACAACUGUUCAAACACUUGAUAAAGAUAAAGACCGUUUAUGUGGUGAAAUCGAUCUAAAAUCAGAAGAAAAUUUACAUUUAACACAAGAAAUUAAUUCUAAAACACGUCGUAUUGAAGAACUAAAUAUGAUGGUAGAAGAGUUACAAUCUGCCUUGGAUCGUGCAAAAGAUGAUACAAAACAAAAGCUAAAGGAAAUGACAAAUAUGAGAAUGCAAAUCGAUCGAAACGUUGAAGAAACUAAUGAAUAUCGACGCAAACAUGAUCUUGGUUCAAGAGAUAAUAAACGUUUACAAGAUGAUCUAUUAGCACUUACAAGAGAAAAUCAAACACUUCGUCAAGAAAUUCAACAUACAAUUGAUGAUAAAGAUGAUCUCAAAUUACAAAUACAAGAAUAUAUCAAACAAGUAUCCAGUUGUGAAAGUAUUAUUGCACAAAAGGAAAAUGAUCGAUCAGCUCUAGUUGAACAAUAUCGAGAAGCCAGUAAUGGAUUAAGUCGAGCACAAAUAACAUUAGCUGAUAUGGAAUCACAAGCUAAUAAUCUGAAACAAGAAUUACAAAUAAAAGUAGCUGAUAUAAAACGACUAGCAGAACGCAUUGAUUAUCUAGAGCGAGAUCUUCAACAACAUGCAUCUGUCGGUCAAGAAUACGAAAUUCAAUUAUCAAAUAUGAAUCGUUCAGUACAACGUAAUGAAGAAAUGAUCAAAAAAUUACAAUCUGAUAAACAAAGUCUAUUAAAUGAAAUUUCAAAUAUUCGCGAUCUUAAUUCUACACUUGAGAAUAAAAAAGAACAACUUGUUCGUCAAUUAACAUCGAAAGAUAUUGAAAAUGAACAAUUACAAUCAGCUAUAAGCGAUAUGAAAAUUGAAAUCGAUAUGUUACGCACGCAAUUACAUAAUGAAAAGGCUGUCGUACUAAGUCUAGAAGAUCUUAUUGCAUCAUUACGUGACAAAGAAUUUCAAAAACAGAUCGAAGUACAAGACAAAGAUACUGAUUUGCAUGUAGCUAAAGAUCGAGCAAAUAUGAAUGAACUUAAAAUACAAAGUCAAAGUAAAGAAAUAGCUUCUUUACGAACACAAAUUAUUGGACUAGAAACCGAUAAUAAAAGGCUGAAAAGUUUACUAGCAAAUGAAAGACUAGAAAGAGAAAAAGCUGCUCAAGAUUUAAGAAAAUUAACAGACCUUACAUCUCAUAUUGACUAUGAGUCUCGAUAUCGUAGUUUAUCACCUAGAAUACAAACAUCUUCUUCCCAUACAAAUCUUCAUCGAUCACCCGGAAGAAGCUACUCUCCACCACGUUGCGAGACACCUCGAACAUCUCCUACUAAAAUCUCCAUAUCGCUGAAAGUUUCUGAACUUGACAAAAGUCACGAAAUGAUUCCCGAAAUCGACGUUAGUACAAAUCAAAACAACAACAACAACAACAACGAUUAUAACUACGUUGACGAUAACCUUAUCGAUCGAUCGUGCAGUUUUCGUAUUGACACAACUCCAUAG